GGAGGGAGAGAGCUGGGGGUGGGUGGAUUGACAAGGAUAGAUUGCCUAGAGGGGGACAGAGAGAAAGAGACCGGUAGACCAAAAGAGCCCGACGGUGACAGAGAGAAAUAGACGAGUAGAACCCAGAUGAAGGCUCCGAGAAUGCGGAGAGAUUAAAUGUAAAAAUCGUCGCGGUCAAGGGGUGGAGAUGUGUUGAAAGUGGUGUUUCUUUGUGUGUAUAUAUAUGGUGCAGUGCGGUGCUGGUGCUCAGAGAGAGAGAGAGUAUGGCGUGGUCGGAUUUCGCGUGCACCUCGCCGUGACGUGGAAAGUCGGCACUGAAAAGCGUUGGGCGCUAAACUGAGGAAUGGAGGGAACGUGGCAGUGGGAGCAGCGAAAGCACUGCCAUAUCAUUCUGCUCAACCCUUUGUCGUACGUAAAGGAGAACCCGGAACAGACUGCAGAUGAACGAAAGCGGUUACAAGGUAGUGCCUGCAAGGAAGAAGACACCCUGAAGAAGAGGAGUCGCGUGCCGGGUCUGUAGCGCUCGGUAAAAAACGAAAGGGCCCCCCGAGCAUCAUCGAGAACGGAAAGGGGUCGUCAUGGGCCCGGCACACCAAAUCGUAGCCCACUGAGCGAUGCAAGUAGUUAGGGCCGGGGCCCUGCUAGUGAGCAUGUGGCUCACUAGAGAAUGAAGAAACAAAACGUCCGGACCCUAUCGUUGAUCGUCUUCACGUUCACCUACCUCCUCGUCGGCGCUGCAAUCUUCGACGUUCUCGAGUCCGAGACGGAGAAACGACGCAAGGAAGCAUUGGACGCCAUUGAAAAGAUGGUUAUACGCAAAUACAAUAUAACCGAGGACGACUUCAAGAUCAUGGAAACAGUGGUGCUGAAGACGGAACCUCACAAAGCCGGUCAACAGUGGAAAUUCGCCGGAGCGUUUUAUUAUGCGACUACGGUCCUCACGACCAUUGGUUACGGACAUUCGACGCCGAACACCAUAAGCGGUAAGCUGUUCACGAUGUUCUACGCGAUCGUCGGAAUCCCGUUAGGACUCGUAAUGUUCCAGAGCAUAGGAGAGCGUCUGAAUAAAUUCUCGUCCGUCGUAAUACGGAACGUAAAGCAGCUUCUUAACUGUAAGGAUGUGCAGGCCUCAGAAAUAAAUCUUAUCUGCGUGGUGACGACCUUAUCUUGCUUAACAAUUGCGGGAGGUGCCGCAGCGUUCUCUAGGUACGAAGGGUGGUCGUAUUUCGAUUCCAUCUACUAUUGUUUCAUCACUCUGACGACGAUUGGCUUCGGCGACAUGGUCGCGCUGCAAAAGGAUAACGCGCUGGACAAUAAACCCGAGUACGUCAUGUUCGCCCUGAUAUUCAUUCUGUUCGGCUUGGCCAUCGUCGCCGCCUCCCUUAAUCUAUUGGUGCUGAGAUUUGUCACCAUGAACACGGAGGACGAAAGGCGAGACGAGGCUGAAGCUCUACAGGCUGCGCAAGGAGCCGUGCGCCUGGAGGGCGACGUAAUAACGGCGAACGGCUCGAUACUGUCGGGCCAAGUAGGCAACCACGGUGACACGAUAUCGUUGGACGACGACACGUCGGUCUGCAGCUGCCGCUGCAGCGGAUUCCAGAAGAAACGACGGAGACCGCGGUUCACGGUCCGUCGCUCGCCCGGUAAGAUCUCGCACCUGCUGCCGAUGCAGCAGCUGCCGACGUUGAAUAUGCGCAGUGAGCUGCACCCGCCGCCGCUGACGCCGUUGCUGCAACUGCCGCCGUUGUACCAGCAUCGUGCCAGCAUCUGACGAUCGUCUACCAUCGUUACGAUGCCGCAAUGUGAACUGCCGCGACGGGUGUCCGUCUAAGGCGCUUUUUUUUUUAAGCACACACACACAUACGAAAAAAAUUGAAUAAAAGUAAAAAAUAAAAAUGGACAGAGAGAGAGAGAGAGAGAAAGAGAGAGAAAGGAAGCUCUUUUGCUGGCGACCACUUCAACGAAUUUAACCCUCGAAAUCGCUCUCCACCGCCUCUCUCCACGACCGCGAUCAACCGUUCUCUAGAGCGCGAAACUUCCACCGGAAACCCUUCUAAACCCGGAGGAAUUCCCAUGCGCGAAUACCGUCGAGAACAUUAUCGCCAAUUACGCUUUCUCGCGAGUCGAGUGGCCAGUCUGGUACUUUGUAAUCAAUUUUUUUCUUUUUUAAUGAGGUGGGAGCGGUCGAUGUUGGAAUUAGUUUGUGUUUAACUCGAGUAACUGCGCGACCACUGCUGUUGGAAUAUUGCUGUUCGAAUAUCAGUUUUUAAAUAUUCCUCUUCGAAUAUCGUUUUCUGAAUAUUAUUAUUAAAUAAUAGAAAUUGAAUGACGAAGUUCUUUUUCCAUAAAAAUUAGGAAAAUGCUUUCAAAAAAAUAUAGACAUUCGGUUUGAAGUUAAACAAUAAAAUUCAAUAUUUUUAUUUGAACUUACCAGACAGCCCUCCUCAUCGCGUGGAUUUCGAUUCAGGCGAGGAUUGAUUCUAAGGGAUGCGCUCCAGAGUACGUCGAUGUAGUCGAAGUGUCGGUGUUUCGAUUGUUCUGAAUUACGCAUUAGGAUAAAGUUAGAUUAUUAAUCCGCUUUAAAGUAAUCCCAGGAUUUAUAAUACCUUUUCGCAGUUAACCCUUGGUGAGCUUCUAGUGCCCUCGCCGCCCCACUGUGUUUGCAAAUUACUCUUGAAAGUUAUUUUAUUUACGUCAGUCAUUAAUUGUCUUGAUUUAUGGAUUGUUAUGUCAUGUAAAACAUGUACUUUAUAUAACAGUGUUCCUUGAAUCAUCGGAGCCCACGAACUUCUAGAAAAAGAAAGCAAGUGUAUUAUUAGUACAGUACAAAAUUCGAAUUAAAUCUUACUACAAACUGCUGCUAAAAAAUAUUUCAUUGUCAGUAUUAAAUACAUAAGAAUAUCCCCUAUGGAGAUUAAAUUUGAGAAGCACUGUUCUAGAUUACCAUAACAUGUAUGUAUACUUUAGAAUUAAGUUUGUUAGUUUAGAGCAUUUCGCAGAUUCAUCUGGACUUUUUGCCAUUUCCAAAGUUCCGGGAGGCAAGUAGAAGUAAUCCGAGGGUUAAGGGAAAUGAAAGUUUAGGAUCGUAGGAGUAUAUUUUGUUCCGUUCUUUGACGUACGCUGAAGCCUUGAAACGACGAAUCGGAUUUUCUUUGCUGACCUGAUCUUCGCGGAUAUCAAGCACGGCACGGUUGUCGCGGCGAAUCGCAGAAAUGACGAGAUUCUAACCGAGUAUUCUUUGAAUAUUCCACGCGAACACAAUUUCACGGUGAGAAAAUUACGAUGAGAAGGAAAGUUUCGUCGAGCGUUUUCUCCCUUCGGAUCGCGUGGUCUCGAUAAACGGAAUUUCAAACGGAGAAACAAAUGUUUAGAAAUCGUUUCCUAAGCGAGGACGGCGUUCAAGUGCUUCCGAUUGUUUCUACACGAUCUUCCAAUACGUUGGCGCGAAUUCAUCGUGGACGAUAUUAUUCGUGCACUAGAGCACUAUAGCACUUGCGUAAACGGUACAAUCUUCCAUUAAGUUAUUUAAUUGCGCGAAAAUGAUAGAAUCUUGUCACGGGUGCGAUCAGGCGGUGAACUAAACUCUUCGAAGCAACUAUUGUACAUGUACAAAGAAAAGGGGUGUGCGAGUGAUCAUGUGUUCCGUAGCCAAGAAGCAUUAAUAAAAAAGAAAACAAACAAAUAACAAAUAACAAAGAAACGAGAGAGGAGGGGGGAAAAAUUGAGAUAGAGGAGAAAUAUAUAUAUAUCUGCGUUCACACUGCUAAAGAAGAGAGAUAUAUAUAUGUAAACAAAUAUAUACACACCAAAAGACAUAUACACAAGACGAACACGACUUUUUCAUUAAGGAGGCAUUUUACAAUUUGUAUAUAUGAACUAUAGAUAUUACACGUACGAAUCUAGGUGUACGAAUUAAGGUGUUUCGAUCUUACGAUGUGUAUAAAUACAUAAUUGCGAGAUAACAUUAUAUUAUUAUUAUCAUGUGAGUGCGCGAGUACAUGAGAGAAUCCCCACAAUUCUCGAUUUUCCACUUACUACCGUUUAAUUAAUGAUCCAGAUCGUUCGAGAAAUCGUGGCCGUAACUACGUAGAAUUCUAGGUACCAUAGAUCACGUCACGCACCGACGCUCGGCCAGGAUGGUGAAAAUAUAAAUAUAUACAUAUACAUAAAGUAUCUAACGAAGAUAAUGAAUCCAUAAAUAAAUAAAAAAAGCUGUAGAUCACGAAAAAUUAAAUAUCGUCCCUUGAUCUUAUUGGUUUACAGUUACCUACGGAAAGUCAAUCCAUCGAGACACAAAGCACGUAUUUCCGAAUAGAUAAAAAAACGCGUCAUACUAUAGUCGAACACGAGCGGAACAAUUCUCUUGCCUUUUAUCGACAAGUAGAACGUACUCGAGUAUUUUUAAGACGUACACUGGAUUGCACAUACACGCGUAGCAUAAGUAGUGAGACUUCGUUUUUUGCCCACUCGGCCUUUCGACGAUUUCAAAACGGCCGCCAGAAAGAUACCGGUGUGCAAACGGUUUAUCUUUGUAUUGUUGCUUUUCGAUUUUAUUGACUAUUCGUUUUCGAAUCGCGACACUCUCGCUGCGUAUCAAUGCCAGUCGUUUGUCAACCUUUGAAUCCAUUGCAACUAUCAAACCCUUCCGGACACAUAGAUACAUUAUUGACUUCAUAGAUGAGAAAAUAUUCAAAUUUAUACGACUUCUAUAAUCAUUUUCAAUUUGAUUAAAUAAAGCGUUAGAUGUUAAUAUUACAGUCGUAGUUAAAUUGAACUCAUUAGGAAACCUGAUUCACCAUGACAGUAUUUAAUAGCUAAAUUUUCCAAACUCUGCAACGCUUUUCCAAAAUAAUUCUUCUAAUUCAUUAAAGGGAAUUCACGAUCGUAAAGUCAGGAGUUCGAAUUUCGCUGUCGCCUUCAUUGCCCAUUUUAUAUUUGUAUAAAUGAAUAUAAGCGACAAAAAGAGGUGCUAAGAGGGGAUAAACACGUACAAAAAUUCGUAGAGAAAUCGUAUCGUAUAGAGGUCGAGCUGAAUUUUUAUGCAAAAACUCAGAAGGCUUACUGAUCCCGUACCGGAAGGGUUGAACACGAAGUUGAUUCACGUGGUGAUUUUAUUAACGAUUCCAAUCACGUUUAAACGACUAUCGCCAUUCGCGUUCCAGUUGAGGGGUUUAAGGAUUGUUCGAAACGAUAAUCUAAAAUUGAGGCUGAAGAUAGCGUGGCUACGUAAACGAAACUGCUCGCGAUUCGUUGAACCAGCUGUAUACAUUGAACGUUAAUUCGAUCGUAGAAAAAGUUCUAUUGAAUGGGAGAGAAGAAAAAAAACAUGGAAAUUCAGUGUAUACACUUAUUAUUAUUAACUAAUUAUAUUAUUAUGAUUGUCUUCAUUAACACUCGCUAUAACAGAAUGAACGAAUUACAUUUGUAACAUAUUAGGGUAGGAACAAACAACGAUCACGUCGAUUGGAAUGAACUUUCACGAUAUUAGAGGAAUAACGAGAUGUGCGAGCAUCAUGGAGACGAAUUCGCUGUUAUUUCACGGUGAACCACAUUUCACGUUCUUUCGAUUAUCGUUAGGGAGGAUUUCAUUUUGUACGCUCCUCCUACCGGACAAAUGAUUUUUAAUCGUUUAUACUGAUUAGCAGUAACGGACGAUUGCCUUUUUCGAAAUUACAAGAUACUAAUUAUA